AUAAUAUGUGAGGUUUCAGCUUUAUAGCUCAUCCGGUUGUCUCCUCUUCCCCUCCAGCUCAUCCGGUUGUCUCCUCUUCUCCUGAAUGACCCCCAAGGAUGGACAAGGACAGGAAUGAGAUGACUAAGAGAAUAUUACACUUCACCUUGGAGAUCCUCCACCUGCUGACCGGAGAGGAUUACACCAUAGUGAAGAAGACAUGGGGGGAGUGUGUGGCCCCCAGCAGCCAUCUCUAUGAGUCAGGAGGAGGGAGCAGGGCCCGGGGCCCCAUCAUGGAGCCUCCACUUCACUCACUGAUACAUGAGAAGAAGAUCCUAGAACUCACCCACAGGAUCACUGAGCUGCUGACUAGAGAGGUUCCUAUAAGGUGUCAGGAUGUGGCGGUCUAUUUCUCCAUGGAGGAGUGGGAGUAUGUAGAAGGACACAAGGAUCUGUACCAGGACAUAGUCAUGAUGGAGGAUCACCGGCCCCUCACAUCACAAGAUGGAGUCAUUGAUAGAAAUCCACCCGAGAGGUGUCCCCGCCCUCUGUAUUCCCAGGACUGUCCAGAGGGAAAUGUCCCAGAGAAGCAUCAGGGGAGAGAUCUGACUAAUAUUAAAGUGGAGGAUGAAGAAGAGAGGAUGAGGGGCCAUCACCCGUGUAUGAGGGAAGUGAAGGAGGAAAUUCCAGGAGGUGUUACCCCAGGAAAAGAAGAUGGAGAGAUCAUGGAGCGCUACUCAGGAGAAGAUGGAGAGAUCAUGGAGCGCUCCGCAGGACAAGAUGGAGAGAUCAUGGAGCGCUCCUCAGGAGAAGAUGGAGGGAUCAUGGAGCGCUCCUCAGGACAAGAUGGAGAGAUCAUGGAGCGCUCCUCAGGAGAAGAUGGAGAGAUCAUGGAGCGCUCCGCAGGACAAGAUGGAGAGAUCAUGGAGCGCUCCUCAGGAGAAGAUGGAGAGAUCAUGGAGCGCUCCUCAGGAGAAGAUGGAGAGAUCAUGGAGCGCUCCUCAGGAGAAGAUGGAGAGAUCAUGGAGCGCUCCUCAGGAGAAGAUCUCCUUACCCCUAAUGUCCACCCAGAUCUAUCCUAUAAUAAUCCCCCUGAUCAUAGGGAACCUUCUCCUGAUCAACCCCACAUUGUCACCACGAGGACAGAGAAGAAAGGGGAGAAAAGGAUUCAAUGUGAUGAAUGUGGUAAACGGUUUACAAGAAGAUCAGGUCUUGUUACACACAGAAGAAUUCACACAGGAGAGAAGCCAUAUUCAUGUUCAGAAUGUGGAAGAUGUUUUAUAAAGAAAACAAAUCUUAUUGAACAUGAGAGAACUCACACAGGAGAGAAGCCAUAUUCAUGUUCAGAAUGUGGAAAAUGUUUUUUGAAGAAAACAUAUCUUAUUGAACAUAAGAAAAGCCACACAGGAAAGAAGCCGCAUUCAUGUUCAGAAUGUGGAAAAUGCUUUACAAAGAAAUCAGUUCUUGUUCGACAUCAGAGCAUUCACACAGAAGAGAAGCCGUAUUCAUGUUCAGAGUGUGGGAAAUGUUUUAGACUGAAAACACAUCUUAUUAUACAUGAAAAAAUUCACACACAACAAAAGCCGUAUUCAUGUUCAGAAUGUGGGAAAUGUUUUAUAAAGAAAUCAAAUCUUAAUGUACAUGAGAGAAUUCACACAGGAGAGAAGCCAUAUUCAUGUUCAGUAUGUCGGAAAUGUUUUGGACAGAAAUCGAAUCUUAAUGUACAUGAGAGAAGUCACACAGGAGAAAAUCCAUAUUCGUGUUCAGAAUGUGGGAAAUAUUUUAAAAGUAAAUCAUAUCUUGUUGGUCAUCAGAUAAUUCACACAGGAGAGAAACCAUAUUCAUGUUCAGCAUGUGGAAAAUGCUUUACAAAUAAAUCACAUCUUGUUCGACAUAAGAGCAUUCACACAGAAGAGAAGCCGUAUUCAUGUUCAGAAUGUGGGAAAUGUUUUAGACAGAAAUCAGAUCUUGUUCGACAUAAAAGCAUUCACACAAGAGAGAAGCCAUAUUCAUGUUCAGAAUGUGAGAAAUGUUUUGUAGGAAAACGAAAUCUUGUUGCACAUGAGAGAAUUCACACAAGACAGAGGCCAAUUUGAUGUUCUACAUGCGAAAAAUGUUUUACAUGGAAAUCUGAUUUUGAAACUUAUUAGAGAAGAAACCCCGCCCCCAUAACUAUACCUGAUUGGACAGAAUUGUGGCAGAACAUGCACCAGAAUAAUGUUGUGUAGAAUUAAUUACUUCAUGUAACAGUCGUAAUAAGGUGCGACCGGGGCCAAAUCCUGUGUAUUAUAUCAUUUAGUGAUGAAUAAAUCUUUAGUGCAUUUUAUUAUUGUAUCUUCUAUU